UUAUUUUCAAUAUUACUUCUAGAUUUAAUGUUUUAUGAUUUUAUGAGCCUGGGUGAGUGCCUGCUACUUAGUAAAUUCUCAAUGCUACUUAGUAAAUGCUCAAUUAUUAAUAAUAUUAAAAAUGAAUAAAAGAAAAUAGGCAAUAAGAAAUAUAGUAAAAUAUUUUAUUUUAAUAUAAAUAUAAACUUAUUCAGGUAUAAAAAUCCAAAUUAUAUGUUUAAAAUUAGGGAAAAAGUGAGUGCAAGGAAAGAAUAUUGGUAAAGGGCAUUGUUUAUUGAAUGUGUCACCACUUAAGCAAAAAAACAAAAUUAAUAAAUUGUAAAUACAUCUUUUGAGACUCUUUUGGCAACAGAAUGCUUUUGGUGAGAUAGAGCAGGGACCUAGCCAAAGAAGCGUAGUAUGCUAGUUAAUUAUAUAGAUUCUGGAGCAAAGUUACUUGGAUGUGAGCCACAUAUUGGCUGUGGAACCUUGGGCAAUUUAGCAAUUUGGUUAACCUUUCUGUGCCUUGAUUUUCUCAUUUAUAAUAUAAACUAGGUCUUGUAAUAGAAUCUAUUUCAUAGGGUUAUUGUGGGGAGUUAAAUAAGUAAUCCACUUAAAAUGCUGAGAACAAGGCCCAGAUUGUAAGAAACUCUUCAACCCAUGUUGUCUCUUCUUGUUUAUUAAAUGUAAAUUUUUACAUUUACAUUUGGGACUUCUCUUGAUAGACAUGAUAUAAAGAAGAAUGGUUUUUACCAUCAACAAAAUAAAAAAGUGGUUACACAAAAAAGAAAAAUAGAGGAAAUUAUACAAAGAGGCAAGACUUAAAAUUUUUUUAAGGAGUAUAUCUAAUUAUAAAGGUAGCCAAAGGGUUUAAAGAAGGAGAUGUUUAUGUCAAAAUUGUGACCCAGGAAAGUUUUACUGAGUAAGAAUUUUGACUCUUUUGCUCUUUUUCUAGUAUUCUUAUUUGUUUUCAUAAAGUUCCUUGAACUUUGGUCCAUUUGAAAGAAUGUUCUGCACAGAAAAUGAAUAUGAUACCUUGUGUCUAGUAGUUUCUUAGUACCUUCAUUUUGAAAUGAAUGAAUGAAGGAGGAAUUUAUAUAGCAAUUAAGAAGGUAUUAUAAAACAGAUUAUCAAAAUAGGAGUCUUAUUCUCAGAUUAAGCAUUUAUGGGUUUUAAGUAUCCCAUUGUACUGCCUGCCUAGCUCUGCAACCUCAUUGUGUGUUGCUAAGCACAGUACAUUCUUGCAGCAAGGAAAUUUAAAAUUUUUAUUUCUAUUGAGACUAUAGAGAUCAUUUGCACAUGAUUUAAAUUCUUUUCCUUUGGAACAGAAGAAUUAUAAAGUAUUGGAGAGUUAUACCUCAAUAAAAAAUAAAAAUAAUGUCAAAAAGUGUUAGAUUAAGAAAAGCAUUGUUGUACAGCUGUCUGCAGGAUACUGUUUCAAGAAGUGUUUGAAAAUUUGGUCUAUUUCAGAGAUCUUGAGAUCCAACAACCUAAAAUAGGAAGAUUUCUACAUGAGGUAUAGGAAGAAAAUAAGUUUGUUUUUUUCUUUAAAUCAACUAGAAAAGAGAUUUCUUUCUUGGGUAGUGGAUCUUCACUUAAUGUAUGAGGAUUUUCUCAUUUUUGCUCAAAGCCAAACAUUUGUUUGCUGUAUCAGUUCCUUUAAUUUAGAACUGACUGGUAUACUUCCAUGCCAAUAGGGGGAGACAGUAUGAAAUAGGAGCCAGAUCUGUGCCUCUUUUCUAUCUUGCUUUUCCUCAGCCAGGAAGGUUUGUGGACAGAUUGACUUCUGGGGGCUUGCUAUCACUGGCUCUUAGCAAAGUUUUGAGAUGGAGCAGAAAAGGAAAUGUUUCUAUUGUGAUAAUCUGCUGGAGCCUGGUAUUGGCUCCCAAUUCUGUAGAACAUGUGCUUUAAGGUUCAGCUCUGAGGCUUCCACAUCAGAAGUCCAUAGAGAUCAGGAAAGAAAGGAGAGACUAUCCAAAUUGGAGUCUAUUCGUCAUUCAAUUGCUGGAAUAAUUAGGUCUCCAAAAUCUGCACUGGGCUCUUCAGCACUCUCUGAUAUGAUCUCUGUCACUGAGAAGCCCCUGGCAGAUCAGGACUGGUACCAUGGGGCAAUUCCCAGAAUAGAAGCACAAGAACUGUUAAAACAACAAGGAGACUUCUUGGUGCGAGAGAGUCAUGGGAAACCUGGUGAAUAUGUCCUUUCUGUAUAUUCUGAUGGACAAAGGAGACAUUUUAUCAUACAAUAUCUUGAUAAUCUGUAUCGAUUUGAGGGCACUGGGUUUUCAAACAUCCCUCAACUUAUAGAUCAUCACUUUUCAACAAAACAGGUCAUCACUAAGAAAUCGGGUGUAGUUCUGCUGAAUCCUGUUCCUAAGGAUAAGAAAUGGAUUCUCAAUCAUGAAGAUGUCAUAUUAGGAGAACUACUGGGCAAGGGAAAUUUUGGUGAAGUAUAUAAGGGCACAUUAAAGGAUAAAACUUUCGUUGCUGUUAAAACAUGUAAAGAAGAUCUUCCUCAGGAGUUGAAAAUAAAAUUUUUACAAGAAGCCAAAAUUCUCAAGCAAUAUGAUCAUCCCAAUAUUGUCAAACUUGUAGGAGUUUGCACACAGAGACAGCCUGUCUACAUCAUUAUGGAACUGGUUCCAGGAGGUGAUUUCCUCUCCUUUCUGAGAAAGAAGAAGGAUGAGCUAAAACUCAAACAGUUAGUGAAAUUUUCAUUAGAUGCUGCUGCUGGCAUGUUAUAUCUCGAGAGUAAAAACUGUAUACACAGGGACCUUGCUGCAAGAAACUGCCUAGUAGGUGAAAAUAAUGUUCUGAAAAUCAGUGACUUUGGAAUGUCUCGUCAGGAGGAUGGUGGAGUAUAUUCAUCUUCUGGCUUAAAACAGAUUCCCAUUAAAUGGACAGCACCAGAAGCUCUUAAUUAUGGGAGAUACAGUUUUGAGAGUGAUGUGUGGAGCUUUGGCAUCCUCCUCUGGGAGACCUUCAGCUUAGGGGUCUGUCCAUACCCUGGAAUGACAAAUCAACAAGCAAGAGAGCAAGUGGAAAGAGGAUACCGGAUGUCAGCACCCCAGCACUGUCCAGAAGAUAUUUCUAAAAUUAUGAUGAAAUGCUGGGAUUAUAAGCCUGAAAACCGCCCUAAGUUCAGUGAUCUUCAGAAAGAGCUCACUGUCAUCAAGAGAAAAAUCACACAGUAACAGAACAGUGCGACACUCAGCCUUCAGGACUCUGUCCUCCAGUAGAUUAAUAUUGUUGUUCUCAUUAACCAUGAGUUGAUGCCACGUUACCUGCAACAGUCUUCUAAGGUUAUUUUUUAUUAACUGGGUUUUUAAAAAUAUGUUCUACUUAAAAAAUGUCAAAAGGCGAAUUUGUUAAAGAAAUAGCCCUGCCAAGAGCUUUAUUAGCUAAAUCCUGCCAUUUCAUUUCCAUUGCAAAUAGAAAAACACAGGCUCUAAAUGUGUGAAGGAUAAAAGAUCCGUCUUUUUCACACCCAGGACUAUUGAUGUUCCUACUUUUGGCACAGCUUGUGGGCUGCUGUCCUGUUCCACAGACCCUACCCAAUUGGUGCUAUAAACUGCAUUGGUAAUGCCCUGUUUGCAGGACACGUUCCAACCACAGUUGGCUUUCUACUCUGCUAAGGCAAGAUUAUAUUUGUAAACGUCAUUUUAUAUGGGAAAUUAUUUGGACCUCCUAGGGUUUUCUUUUCUUUCUUGCCAGAAAUAAGCCUAGUAUAAGAAUCAUCGUGCUAUUGCAUUAUUAGUAAACUUGUCAUUUUCCUCCUUUGUCUGGGCAUCAGAAAAUAAUACAUGCAAUGUCCUCAAAGAACACACUGUUAAGAGUUGAGGCAGCUUCUUUUAACGGGUGUUAGUGCUGUGACAGCAAGAAGCAAGUUUGAACAAGAGAGUGGUCUGGAGAAAAGACCAGCUAGAAUGGUGAUCAAAGUAGAAAAUAUAAAAUCCACCUUUUUAUGAGAGUUAUUAUGCCUUUAUAAACACACAUGUCCCUUUAUGGUCCGAAUUCAGCAAAAAGGUCCUAAGAAAUGUUUCGGGAGUUCAUAGAGCAAGCCCUCUUAAUAGCAGUAAAAUUUUUUAGAGAAAAUCCACAGAAAUAACAGCAUAAUUCUAGUCAAGUAUCUUCACCUUAGUGGAGGCAUCCCAAAAUGUAAUCACCUUCAUUUGUACCAGUUUCCAGAGCUGUCAGAAUUUCGUGAUUCUAUUUUCAUGUGCGUGUACACACCACCAGGGUGCAAGGCAGAUGUGAAUGAAGUCGAGUAUUAAUGAGGGAGACAACAUGGGGACAGCCCUCCCAUCUCCACUGCCCACCUUCACUGACCCUUACCCUGCUCCCUGGACAUUGUUAGCAUCAUUAGCUGCCAGUUAGAUAAGCACAGUGCUGAAGAUCUCUCCUGCCGAUAAAACGUGGCAUAGUUAAAACAAGGAUCUGCUGAGCCGAAUCUAAGCUGGACCCAGGGAACUUACCCCAUGAUCUGUAGAUAGUUGCCUCUCAGGAUAAAUACGUGUGUGGGAGAUGAUCCUGCUCAGGGGUGAAUGUGGCCUGGAAGCCUUUAAUAAAUUCUCAGGCCUGUGUGUCCAGAUAAAUAUCACCUUGAGUAUUUGGUCUGUGUUCAUUGAAAGAUCUUAGAACAGAAAAUUCCUCCUGCCCUUUCCAGCUGUUUGCCUCCCCUGAAUAUCAUUGUGCAGAACUCCCACAGGUACUUUAAAGAGUAUAAAAAGGACAAUACUGAAGAGAAAAAUGACUUGUGUCUAUCAUUUCAAUCUCCUUGCAGAUUUUAUGCACAUUUAAUGAUUAGUACCAUUCAGACUAAAAUGAAAGCAUCAUAAACUUCUCCUCAAAAAAUAUAUUUGCAACAUACAAAGCAACUUCUUUUUAAUCAGCAUAGUUUUCCUUGAUGUCAAAUAUUAUAAAUAAAUGGAACUUUCUUUUGAUGGAGCAUACUAUGCUAAAUCAAAGCACAGACUCAUGAAUUAAGAUAAAGUGCUGUGGUCUUCAGGCACUUGCCAGCCUUCAAAAGUAAGAAUAAUAUGGGACAUUUCUACCCUUUUGUCAGUAUUACCCAGUGAAUCUCUGUUUGCAAUAUUCUUUGUCUGUUUAAAGAAAACAGUCUCCUAUCACUUAGUGGCCUCACGCUAAGCUCUCAGCAAGGAGAAAGAAUGAUGGUUGUGGCUUUAAUAUUGUGAACAAGACCUAAAGCUUAAUCCUUGCAUUCUUCUGGUGUAAGGAAUGAACACAGAAUUGAUAUUUCACUCAUCCAGGCUGUUAGAAUUUGCAAUUCACAUCAUAACUCUGUGCUUAAAUUUAAAAAGCUUUUCAAAACAUCAUGACAUCUGCAGCAUUUAAAUUCUAUUUUAUUUUUUGUCCCAAAGCAGGCAGUGGUAUAGUUCAAGAUUAAUAACUCAUUGGGAGUCUUUCAGGCUAUCAGCUGUAUAGAAUAUUAAAUUUUAUAUAGGUACAUGCAUUAGGAAAAACUUAUGCAAACCAUUUUUACUGUUAAUUUUGUUGUGCUUGAAGUAUAAUUUAUUCAUCCCUUCUGUCACUGAUAAUUAUUGGAAUUAUGUACUUUAGGAGGCUAAUCCAUAUCCAAAACCACACAUAUAAAUACUGCUUUGAAUUUGCAAGUUGAUGCAGGGAAAGAAAGCUUCAGAAAUGCACAAAAUCCUAUGACUUGUUUAGCAAGAACGCAGUUGUAAUGCAUUUGGAAAAUCCAAAAUUUCCACUGGUCUGAAUGUAAUUAAGUCCAGUCACAAAUCUUUUUGUGGUUGAUGGAUUAUCUAAGAGUUUCAUAUAUCACUACUGUAUAGUUCCUCUCUCAUAAUUCUUUAAAUUUAUUAAUAUGAGAGAAGAGAGUUAAAUGUAAACAGUCUGUAUCUCACCUGCAUUUUUCUACCUUGAACCACCAAAGAGCCUUUAUGAGAAACAUUUAGGUAGUUCAUCAUUUUUCAAGGAAAGACAUUUUUCAAUGUCAAAUUAACAUUUAUUACCAACAUGUGAAAACUAAAAUUAAUUUUAUAUUCCAUGUAAUCUAAGGUUACUUCCGAAAGCCAACAUAUUCUUUCUCUUCCAGAAAAAUAAUAAUAAAGGAUUAGCAGGUUUUAUGUAAACUUUCAGAAACUGAGGAUUUCAGUCCAUCCUGCCACUAGGUCCCUAGUGAAAGGUCUCAUGUAAUUAUUUCUCUUUUAUCUCCCAAAUUUAAUAUGGGCAAUAAAAUUCCCCUUCCAUAAUUCACCAUUUAUCAUAAAUACAAUAGUAUUGAAACAUCUUACUAGCAGAUCAGUGUAGAUCAAGAACAUAACUGGGUCAGGUAUUGUUCAACAUAGAUUUCCCAAUUGUUGUUCAUUUUAUGGUUAUUUUGAAAAGAAAACAAUGUUUUGUCAUUGAAAUAGUUUUAACUUCCUUUAAGCCAUGAUAUGGUUUUCCUGUCUAUCUGAUAUUAAUUUCACUUUUACCAUAUAGUUUUAUAAUGUUUGGUUAGUACCACUAAAAUAACUUCACAAUACUGGUAUUUGUGUUCAGAAGAAAAUGUUUUAGCUAUGAUAUAUGCCACACACUGAGGACCUUGUAGUAGGAUAAACAAUCAGAAUGCAACAAUAUAAAUAUCUGGAUCAUACACCACUUUUGUCCAAGAUUAUCCCAGUUACACCACUUUAUUAUUGAUUCUUGUGAGUCAUCAGUAGUUUUGAGAGUAUACCCGAAAACCUCAAUUAGUAUACUCUGUGUACAUUGUGGCCACGUGUCCUUUGAAGAUUGAUAUUUUCUGAAGAGCUUGUUUCCCUCAGCCCUCUCCUUUUUACACAUGCUGACUUUAUCACACCAUUGAUACUUUAAAUGGUUCUUAUCAGAAUUGGUUGUCCAUAAGUAAUAUUCUGAGUCCUGGAAAGAUUGAUUUUUGUAUUUAGGAGGUCAAAGCCCUCACACAAGACAUAUAACAUUACAAAAUAAAAAGAGCAACAAAGAGGCAAAGGAAAAAAUGUUUUCUUUAUGUAUUGAUAAUUAAAUGGGAUCAAAGAUUUUAUAUGAAAAUGAGUUUAUAUUACAUUUCCACAUACUAUUAAGUUAGCAUGAAAGUUUACCAUUAAAAUAAAAUGUUACCUCUUCUAUUACUGAUUUGCUUAUACAUAUCAGAAUUGUGUUAUUAAAUAUUUUAAUAUGUUUUUUCUGUUUUAAUUAGCUUCAUGUCAAGUUUAAAUACUGUAUUAUUUGGAAGAAUCUAGAACUAUGUAUUCGUUCUGCAAAAGAGACUCUGACUUAAAAUGUCAGAAUUUCAUGUACCAAGAUUACCUACUUGAAGGAGAUAUUGGUACAGUCCUAGAGUCCCAUAAAAUUCUCAUUUAAAAAAUAAUACUGUAAUACAAGGGAGUAUAUAAACUAUAUAUUUUAGCCACAAUUCAAUUUAAGGGAAAUAUUUAGUACCCCUUAAAAACUCUCCUACUGCUUCACACUGAUUCAAAGAUUAAAUUCUGAAUUGUUAAAGUAUAGGCAUUAAGAAUCACUUAGCUACCUAAUAAGGACUGAGAUUCUUAGGUGGUAGAAAAAUCCUGCUGUGUUAAAUUCUCAGUCACUUUAAAUAGUACAGAAGUAAUGAGCAUAGGCUUCAGUCUAUCUGCUAAUAAGGUGCUGAGGCAAGCAUAUCCAAAGGCAAAAGAGGACAGAACCAGUUAUUCCAAGGCAGCGUGAUGCAGCCCUACAGAGUGUGAAAAAAUUAAAAUGGGACAAAGACUUGGACAAUGCCAUUAGGAAGCCUGAGAAAACAGUGCCACAAGGCCAGAUCCUUUCCUAUAGAAAAUAAAAAAGAUCUUCAGAACCAAAAGCAGCAAAAGUGGUCACCCGCCAGUGUGUGUGCCUUAGUGUGAGCAAACAAAUCCUUCUCUCUUGUGCUCAGAGCAGUUUCAUAUCCCAGCUCAGAGAUGCUGCCACGCUGGGCAAUGCUUAUACUCGCUCUGCUCCCCACUGGUGGAUUUGAUCAUAUAUGUUCACGUUUUUCAAAGAGACCACCCAAAAUUUAAGUUUGCAAUAAUUUAACAUUUCUUAAACUAAGAUCACUGAUUUUUCAGACUUUAUUAGAAAUCUUUGGUUGCAGUGGGGCUUAACCUGGGCUCAGGUCUCCUAAAUGAGAGCACACUUAGGCCGCCCUAUUUCACUGUUUCAUUAAGGUUAACUAAAUGACACUUAGAGUUUCCCACAGAGGGACCUCACUGUGAUGAUCUCUACUCUAGGGAAACAGAGAAUUUGGCAGGGAAACAGGAAAAUACCAGUUAAGUAGCAAUAUUCCUUGUCUUUAAACUAGUAACGUUUGAGGGAAAGGACUCUUAGAACAUCCUAAAGCUAGUCCGAGUGCAGCAGGGCUCAGCGAAGACACAGAAAGGCAGAGAAAGAGACCUCAGGAAGGGAAGGUUGAGAGGAGAUAAAGGGCAAUAACAAGCACCAAUGUAAAAUGACUCGAAGGCUAACAACCUUCCAAGGAAUAAAUGCAGUAUCAGUAAGAGAAACUAAUCCUCAAAAUGGGGGCUAAGGGGCUUCCUGCUGCAUGCUAUUAAAUAUUACACGCCUCUCAAGUCUCUACAGCAUUUUAUUAAAGGGCACCGAAUUAAAUAUUGCUUUGAUUUUCUUUAUGCUCCUUAUAAUCUCACAAGGUAGCCACUGUUGAAUCCGAAUUACCCUUGCUCUGUUUUUCUGUAAGGCUGCAGACACGAUGGUGGUUCAGCCCACUGUAAGCAGUGGGAGGCUGAGCUAUGGCACCCAUAUAUCUAGGGUAGCCAGCACUGGAGGAAAAUUGCUACGAAUGCUCCUGUUUUUCAUCUUAUUAAAGAAAAAAUAUUUUGCAGAUUUGUAACAGAAGGACAGAUUUAGCUUCCCUCCUGUCAGCAAACUUGUAAGAACCCCAAAGCAAGAAUAUUUGGGAUUCAUUCUAAGAGACUCAAAUCUUGAAUUUCUAAACUAUCUUCCCAAACAUUAUCAUUGAGGCCACCAAGAUGCAAGUGUUCUACAAAGUAAUAAACCGUUCCAAGUGAUCAUAAUGCCCCUGGUAGUGGAAUUUUAUGUUUCCCCACCUUAGCUUUACUCAUUCGGGAAGCUUUUUACCAUCUACCACGUCAAGUGCCAUAAAUGCUGCCGCGUGUUCAUUUUCCCAGUAUUUUUGACUUCUGGUUAGUAUUUCCCUGUCUCAUCUUCAGCUUCUCAAUCUUUUGCUUUGCCAAAAUAGAAAAGCCUUUAUCAUCAUCAGCUUCUAUUGAAAAAUGUUAUCAUUGGCCUCAACCAAAGAGUUUCUCCCCAGGUGCUCAGGGGCCCCAGCCUUACAAGGGAGGCCGAGGCACCUGCUUGCCAAGGCUGGCUGCACACACGGUGUGCCAGGAGCCCCAUGGUGGAUGCACCUGAGAAUACAAAGAUGACCUGGUUGUAGUCCUUGAUGUGGAAACAGGACAAAUAGGUGUGUUAGAUGAGUGGCUCUAUCAGGAGAGGCUCUUGGGAGAUUUUUUCAGGACAGCAAGUUACUGCGAGUAGGUGUGUCCAGGGAAGAAGCCUGUUGACUUGGCCAAGGAAGCUGAUCAGGUGACCUCCCACACCCCACUGAAGAAAUGUUGGACACUAAUGAUACUGCUCUGCCUUAACCCCCUGGACACACUCAGUCCUUCCAUUCCACUCUUUUAUACCAAUAGUUUUUGUUAUUUCCUCGUUAUUCCUCUUGUUAGCAGAUGUCUGGAAGUAUUUCAACUGUGUAAUGUUAAAGGGUUUCUUUCACAGCCUCAGAAAAGAGGGUGGCAACUAUGAGCCUUAAGUUCAAAAGAAGCCAGUCUACCUAGAUUUACAAACCCCAGAGCAUCACUGUAUCAAAACAUCAGUUCUUCUCUACAGUUCCCCAAAGCUGUACCCUUCCUAAAAAGCCAAACAUCACACCUUUUUCCUAUUUGCUAAGAAUGUCUUUAGUAUCAGAAUAAGCACAUUUAAAAUGCUAUCCAAAGAAGAUUCAUAUUAGAUGAUAUAUUAAAAGAAGCCACAUUUUGAACUGUAACCAGACAAUAGAAACACCACUGUACCCCUUUGUCGUCAGUUAAAACGCCCUUGCAAAAUCUAUGAACACUCAAGCAGUUCAUCUUAUCACAAGAGACCAUACCUCAUUUAGAAAACAGGACAGAUAUCAAUGGGAAAUGUCAAUGUCCUAAGCAACAAAGGAUAAAUCUAAGAGGUCCAUUAAAAAAGAAAUCCCAAUUCAUAGAUAGGAGCAGCAAAAAUCUGGGUAUGAAAAGAAGAAAUCGUGAGUUCCAACUGUCAAUAUUAAUAGUUUCUUCAUGUAACUUCUGUCAAAUAGUGCAACCUUGGAGUUUUCUUUUGAGUUACCUGAAUAAUCUUUAUAAAGCAAAAAAUUAAAUUCCCUCCAGUAGGGGCUCAGGUCUCUAACUGCCCUGGAUUUAAAGCCUUAGGAGCUAAAGAGAGGAUCUGGAAUCUGAUAUUACUGAGGUGUUAGGUAAAAGGGCCAUCCUGGCAGUCUUUGUCAGCUCACUAAUCCAUGCUUUUAGUUUUUAAACCCAGAAGAAAAUAAAAAAGCAAAACACGUAGGAAUUCUUCUUUUACAAAUAAUUUGAUGUGGAAUAAAUAAACUUACCUGCCUCCUCUUAAACAAAUGCCAGACUGUUGCAAGCAAACGUGGAGGGCAAAUUGUUCAGAGCCAUGGUUGAUACAACUUUGAAUGUUUUCUCCUAACCCAAAGUACAGCAGUUCUUGCAAGACUAUAGGGUGCUACAACAGAGGCCCAAUCGCUUGUCAGUUUGAAUUGCCUCACUUCAGGCACAAUCAGAAGACCAAUUCCAACAGAAGUGAACUUAUUUGUCAUAAUUCCACCUUAGAUUCUAGGCCUUUCAUACAAUACACAAUAUAUACACGUUCUAAUGGAAUUCACUGUUUUUGGUUUUAGUGUCAAAGAGAUUGGUUCCACAAGGUUCACUUGUUUUCCCUUAAGUGUAUUUUAUAAUCCUGUGGUUCUAAAUUCAAUCCCAGAUGUAGUAUCAGAACAUCACAUCAAAUCAAAAUCAGAGACAAAGGGGAACUGGUAAGAAGGGAUCUCAAUUAUUUCAAGUUCAUGACCAAAGUGGCCGAAGACAUGCUGACAUGCCCUUUCACUUGCUGACAUUCCACUUUACAAAAUGUCAGGUAUCCACUUCCAUCCUGUGACAUAGGCUCAACGUGGACCAAUGGCCAGGAACAUAUUUCAAUGGGCCUUUUCUGUUCAUCAUUCUCCUCCAUAGAACAUUGAGAUUUCUCACUGAAACAGCUCCUUUACUCAGAUAUCUAUAGAUUUUAUGAUUAAUUUAUGCUUAAAUGUAUUAAAUUUGGUGGCCUAAUGCAGCAACUGAAUAUGGUGGUGGGGUCGGUACUAUGAAUUCUGCUGACUUUAUGUUAUGGUUUUUUUUGUAUGUGUGUGUUUGUGGUUUUUUUUUGGUUUUGUCGGGCUUCUGGUGAGUGCCCUAAAAAGAUUGCUCUAAAGUCAUAGCCACACAACCACCACAUAGGGAAAGGCCAGAUAAAUACAGGAGAAUAUUAUCGAGUUGUCAGAGAACCAACCAAGCACAGCCCUUACUUCAGGAACCCAAGCAAACUGAAAGCAAAGACAGUGUACAAAUGGUGCCCCUGCCAGUUGGCUGUGGGCCCACUAGCCUGAGGCACUGCGCCUUUUCCUGGCAUAGGCCCAUAGGGAGUGGUUGUGGAAAUGUGAUUUUUAUGAGUUACUUCCUCUUCCUUUUUAUAGAAAAGGAGUUUGAGAUGAUGGUGUGGGAGUGGGGUCCUCAGCCACCAAAUGGUAUAAAUGUUCCACCUGCAAGCAGCAUUUUGAGCAAAGUACUCCUGUGGUUUACAGAGUUUUCUUUUAGUGCCAAUGUAUGGUCCAUUUAAUGUCAGAUUAAAGCACCUUUAAUCUUUGUUGUUGUUUUAAAAUAAUAUAUUUGUGAAGUAGAUAAAAGAAACACUGGAAAUAGGGUGCCUCUUCUGGAAGGUUCGAGUGUAAAACAUACAAACAAGGCUUUGGUGGGUUUAUGUGGCUUUGUAAGCAAGUCUAAAAAUAAGAGCUAAAUAGAUAAAGCUUUUAGUUGUCUAUCUUUUAUCAUUUUUAACUCAGAUCUGUAUUUAACACUUAUUUAUUUGUUAGUUUUUACAUUCAGAAGAAAUACACUUUGAGCCUUGGCUAACAUGAUAGGAUAUUUUUAAAUUGUUUUCUACAUUUUAAGACAUGAUUUCAUCAUUUUUGUAAACUUAGACCAUUUUUGAAUAGCCUCCCUCUCUUUUCCCAUAGACCAAUUACCACUCAUGGGUCUGCAGAACCUUUUACUGUAUUCUUAUAAUAAAUGUAAAAUAUUUGUA